AUGAAGGAACAUCAUAGUGGGUUAAAAGCUAUCUUCAAAAAGGAGUUAUCUCCAGCUAAUUCAAACUCAUCCUCUUCUAACACUGACCCAUCAGCUUCUCAUUCCAAGUUAUCAAAGUUUUUCCACCAUCAUAGAGACAAAGAUGAGCCAAGUACGGAGCCAUCAUCAAGGAAUACAUCUCCACAUGGUAAGCAACAACAUCCACCUGCACCUUCACCAGCAAUUGGAGACGGUCCAAAGAGAACAUCAUCAGCACUUUCUUUGAGGCGGAGGAACACUAAUCCUUUGAAUUCAACUGCAAACGGAAGAGAUAGAGCUGCUUCUGAAUUACAACACCCCAAACCACAACAUGUUUCGGCAGCAACUCCCAAUAAAAAAAUGACCAAAGCUGAAACUUUGGCUCAUUUCCAACAAAUGGAUAAUAGAAAUAAAGCAACACAACACUUGAGGAGUAGUAGGGUGCCAUCAGCUCAUAAUUUAACUAGCCAAUCACCAGCUCUUGACACCCCCUCGCCCAAUCAUGAGAAAAUUGUUUACAACCCAUAUGGAAUGAAAAAAACUCCGUCACAAGAGCCCAAGAGGAAUACAAGUUUCUACCUUUCGGGUAAUAACGACGGUGAAAGGAUUGUCGCUAACCCUGUUGCUAAUCCCAAUGAUUAUCUUCCACCUGAUUUACAACAGCCUCAUGUCAAUUUGCUAGAAGACUUUGAAAUCGAUGUCAGCAAUAAGAAAUUAGGUGAUGGUGGUUCUUCUGACGUUCGGAUUAUAAAUUCUCGUCAUAACAAACGCCAGUUAUAUGCAUUAAAGAAAUUUACCAUGUUGAGUAAAGAAACCGAUGAAGAGUUUUACAAACGAGUACUGAAGGAAUAUAUCAUACAAAAGAAAUGUUCUAAAUCAAGGCAUGUUGCUGAUGUAUUGGCAAUACUACGUAUACAAAGUCAAGCUAAUUUAACUCGUGGUUGGGGUGUUGUUAUGGAAUAUUGUAAUGGUGGUGAUUUAUUUUCACUCAUUGUUCGACCUGGAUGGAAGAAAUCACCAUUGAAUGAAAAAUAUUGUCUUUUCAAACAAAUUGCCUAUGGAUUGAAAUUCAUCCAUGAAUGUGGCAUUGCUCAUCGUGAUUUGAAACCGGAAAAUGUGUUGCUCGAUGCCAAUGGUAUGGCCAAAUUGUGCGAUUUUGGUGUUAGUACUUAUCAACAUGAAACACCCGGUGAUUUCAAUAGUCCUGUCAAGUUGUCAACAGCAUAUGUUGGAUCCCCACCUUAUUCUCCGCCUGAAGUUAUGCUUUUAAAGGAUAAAUCAGCAUCAGAAGCAAAGAAUUUUGCUUACGAUAUGUUCAAAUCUGAUGACUGGGCAUUAGGAAUGCUUUUGUUCUGUCUUGUAUAUGGAGGUGUGCCAUUCCAGCAAUCGACCCCACUAGACCAUGCUUUUAGGGACUACACAUUCAAUCACAAGAGGUUUUGUAGCGAUCAUCAAAAUUUUAAAAACAACAAGGGAUUCAACAAAGGACCUGGUGUUGAGUUUAAAAUGGCGGCUAAAUUUGAAAGUACUGGUGCGUCAAGAGUUGCAUGGAAAUUAUGUGAUCCAUCUGUUUCAACUAGGUACGAUUUGGACUUGUUAUUUGAAGACCCUUGGUUCCAAGCUGUUGAGAUGUGUAUUUAUGAAGAUCCUGAUCAAGAGGUGAAUCCGUUUGUGUUACCAGGAACCGGAGAAACCCCUGGUUCAGGUACAUCAUCGGGCUACAAUUCACAAACACCAUCAAGAAAGGGAACUUUCAUUAGGCAAAAGGGAACCGCCAAUGGAGAUGGUUAUGCUAGCCAUGAUGAGAAUAACAACCUUAGUGGGUCAUUGCGAAGUAUGUUGGAUUUGACCGAUGCAUCAGAAAAGAAUAACAACAAUGGUGUAAGAAACAUUUCGUCAAGUAAUGCUUCACUUCAUUCAAAUGAAAAUAAUGUAUUGCCACGUACGAAAUCAAUGCUUGAUUUUGAUCAUCAACAAGCAUCAUCCAAACAGCUCCCACAACAACAAUUCUCGUCGUCAAAUUCGUCGCCACAACAGCAACCACAACAACUGUUUACUUCGGACCAUUCACUAAAUAAUGGUAAUCUACCGGCGUUAGAAGAGAGUGAUAUUGAACACGAGCCUGAAUUGGAUGCAGCUCAAAAACAAGAUAAACUCGAACAACAACAUAUUGAGCAUCAAUUACAAAUUGAACAACAACAACAGUAUGAGCAACAACGAGGGCUUGAAGAGAAACAACGUGAGGAGAAGUUGCAACAACAACCAGAUUCAUCAUUAGAAAAUGACAAUGAGAGAAGAGGAUCGCCAUCUUCUUUAAAUCAUGACACAUCUGCACCUCAAAACGAUCCAUCAAGUUUCAAAUUACCCCCAAGUAGACAUGACACAUCAAAUACAUCAAAUUCAGCCGUGACUGAAGAAGAAGAUGAUGCCAGUUGUCAUUCAUUAUCUGAUAUCAAACGACACCAUGGACAUAUUUUGCGUAGUGUUAGUAAUUUGAAAUUGGAAGCGGAUGGAACUUGUGAUUUAGGUUAUAAGUUGAAGAGACACCAUCAUAAUGAUGUUAGUAAUGCUAAUAGUGUUGGUCGGAGAUAA